AAACUGCUCCCAAACACCCCGUCCGCCUGUAUAUAUCCCCUCCUGCAAGUGCCCCUCGGCCUGCACAGGUCCCAUGCUCGCCGCCAUGGACCAAACAGUGUUUGUCCAAAUCACCGAGGCGAUAUCUACCAUAUACGAUCCUUCGGCGUCGAACGACCGGCGGCGGUUGGCUAACGAGUACAUCGAAGCCCUCAAACAGCACCCGCAAGCAGCCCUCUGGGGAUACCACCUCGCACAUAAGAAUAGCCGCCAGCCGGACCACAUCAGACACUUUGGGCUCACUUUGGUCGAGAACGCUGUCAAGUUGAAAUGGAGUGGGAUGGGGGAUGAGGAGAGGGGGGUUGUGAGGGAUGGCAUUGUUGGGCUGGUUAGGGAUGGAACGAUGGACAUGGAUGUGGAAAAGACGUUCGUGAAAGAGAAAGUCGCGCGGCUAUUUGACGAGAUUGCGAAACGGAUGUGGCCAUUGAACUGGAUGGACAUGGACGUGUUGCUGAGGCAGCUGUAUGAGCAGAGUUCAACGCAUCGAGAACUAGUUCUGCUGAUCUACCGCUCCCUCACCGAAGACAUCUUCAUCUACGACGACGCCUUUGCCCAACUCCGCAAAAAGGAGCUGGUAACAGGGAUGAUGGCAGUAACAAUGAGCGCCAGCGCCCUACAGGAGCUAAACGAACAGCGCGGCGCAGACGUGGAGCUCGCGGGGAUGCCCUCCAACAUCGCCCACUCGGACUACGAACUCAUCCUACGCAUAAUCCGAGCCAACCCGGAGAAUGAAGGAUGGAUCGUGCGAUGGAUGCAGGCGGCGGAUCAACUACAUAACGAGUGGAUCAGUCUAGCACGCGCAGCAGCAGGAGGGGAUCAACAACGAGCACAGACGGUCGAGAGAUUGGCGGUGCUGACUCUCAACGCCGUGGCGGUGAACAUGGAGUGGGUGCCUGGACGGACGAUUGAGCAGGCGCGUGUCACCUACGCGUGCAUGACUCUGCUGCUGUCGGAAUCGGAGCCGGUACGUGCGGCGGCGGUGGAUUGCCUGUUGGUGCUCUUUUCGCGACAGCCGGGCCAGCUCACCGACGACGCGCGGAUGAACUGCAUGCUGAAACCGCUGUUUGUGGAUGGGUGCCUUGACUUGCUCGUCGCGGCGUGGGCACGGGCGCAUGGGCAGCAGACCCUCCUCGCACCCACCGUCAUGGAGCCAGGCAGUGAGCCCCUCGAAGAAGAGGGAUACGCGUUCGUUAAACGGCUCGCGCAGACCAUCGUCGCCCUCGGCGAUGUCCAACUGCUGCUGAAGAAGAACGCCAUCACCCCGCCUAACUUAUCCAAAUACCUCGAGCUGUUGCUCGUCAUUCUCAGCCACCCUUCCCUGUUGGUCGCAUCCACCGUCGCACCACUAUGGACGGAGAUCCUCCGCCAUGCGCAUUUCCAGACCCUACCCGAGACGACGUACAUGCUCCCGCCGCUACGGGAGCUUGUCGCCUCCAUGCUGUGCAAGCAGGGCAAUAAGGCCCGCGUGGAAGCGGCAGCAUACUACACCGACAUCGAUUUCGACUCGAAGGAUUUUUACGAGCUUGCUGAGAAUGAUCUGCAUCAACGGUUACAGCAUAUCAUCAGCACCGCCGCGACGCUGGAGCCCGAGCAGUCGUUCCUCUGGGUCGCAAGACGUAUCCAAGCCAUGCUGGGACAACACUCAAACGAACCGGGCUAUAUCCAGCUCUUUGAAGGAAACGCGGAACUCCUCGACCACGUCAUGCGCGGCGUCCGCCCUGCUCAAUUGGUCACCGGCAGCACCUCUUUAACACAAGCAAUGCAAGACCUCGUCCAAGUCAUCCUCAGCUACGAAACCCCCUCGGCAGUGCUCACCCGCAUCCAACUCAAGAUGAUUGUAGCCCUAGCAGAAGUGCUCAGCGGCGCCCCAGACCUCCUCCUCCGCUGUCUGCAGAAACUCUUCACCUUCGUCACCUUCGUCAUGCCCGACGAACAGGGAUUUAUUGCCACGGGUGCCGGGAUCAGGGACGAGACGCGCGCGCUGAGACGCACGGCGUGUAGCUCGUUGAUCAAGUUGGCUGUCGCGAUGCCGGAGAUUUUGGUCACUAUCUAUGGCGACAUUGGCACAGCGGUGCGGGGGUUGAAGACGGGAACGGCGACGUUGCCGUCGGAACAGGCGCUUUUGACGGAGUUUUUGCUUGCGAUUGCGUGUUCGGCGGCUGCGCUAAGCGUGGAGCAGAAGGAGGGGGAGUUUAUGGGGCUGGUGCGACCGGUGGUGGACGAGUUUCAGCAGGCGGUGGAUCAGAUGGCCGCGUCCCCGGAGGCGUUGGUGCAUUAUUCCGGGCUGGGGAUCGUGCUCGCGAAUACGCAGUACCUGCAACCAACCGACACCCCAUCCGAUAUUCCGCCUCCACUCCUCCAAGAACUAGAAACCAAACGCACCGACCGCGGCAAACUAACCCAUCUCCUCGGCGCCCUCAACAACUUCCUUAAACGCACCCUCGAAACUUCGGGGAAAGACCUAGCCGCGACGCUGUGGACACCUCUCCUCCCCGCCCUCACCCAAAGCACACUCACCCUCAUCAGCACCCUCCACGGGGUCCACUCACCCACCACCUUCGACGCCCUCCCGACCUCCACGAAACCCCUCGUCCGCGGCUCCCACAAACUCACCGCCACCGACGGCCCCCUGCUAAAACACCUGACAUCCAUCCUCCGCACCCUCUCAACCCUCCGCGAGCUGUCCUUCGGCAUCCUCACCCACCUCACCCACCUCGGCCGCGUCUUCUACACUUUACCGGAUCUGCUCACCACACACUUUCGAACGGCCGUGUUUGAGACGGCCGCGGGGCUGGGCGACCGGUACUGGAAAUCGACCAUCAGCAGCGUUGCGAGGCCGGUCGUGAUGCAUUGUCCGGCUGAUGACGGGGAUGACGGGUGGUGCGUCGACGCGGUGCUCCAGAAUGUGUUGUUACCCCUGUGUGAGUUUGCGACGGCUCGGUUGGGAGGCGAGUGGAGGGCAGCCGAGGAGCGGGGGUUGGUCAUGGGUGUUGGCGGGACGGUCGAAGAAGGCGGGGAGGAGGAUGUCAGCGAGGAUAUCGACAACGAACGCGUGUUGAGGGAUGUGACGCGCGCGUUUGCGGAGCUGGUGACGGGGGUCAUUGCACUCGCGCCUGCACCCACCACCACCACCACCGCCAAAAAACCAGACUCAGACUCGCACCCGCCAACACCCUUCACGCCUUAUAAGCACCCGCACCUCGUCCAACCCCUCCUGACCCAGUUCGCGGGGCCGUACCUCGCCGCCCUCCUCGCAUGCAUCACGUAUAAGGACACCCUCGCGGCGCGGAAGGCUGUCAUCGCGUCCAUGAAAUUGGUCCCCACCCUUGCCGCCUUGGGAAACCUGGGCGGGGGUACACGGGACCUGUGGAACUGGGCAUCCACGCCGCUGCUCACAACGUACCUGCACGCGCUGCGCUCCGGCUACUUUGUCCCGCUGCACUCGGACCUCUUUUCCGCCGUCGCGGAGUGUUAUGCCACGUUUCGCCCGCUGUGUGAGACGCCCGCGCAGACCCUCGCUGUGGUCCUCUCCCCCGCCGUGCCGGUGCAGAAGAUCAGGGACUUUGAAGCGCAGAUCUUGGCCACGGCCAACAGCAAAACGCAGAACGCGCUCGUGAGGGCGUUGCUGGGGCAAUGGGUGGGCGUUGCGGUCGGGGAGCUGGGGAGGGAGGACAAAGUCGGCGGCGGCGGGCAAGGGUUCGUGUUGGAUAAACGGCCCGAGAAGGCGGUGUUUGAGCGGCCGAGGGUGAAGAGUGAGCGCAGACGCGGGGAGGAGGAGGAGAGUGAGGACAAGGCGAAUGGGUGGUUUGGCGGGUUGUUUGAUGAGUGAAGUGAAUCACGCGGGCGUGUGCGCGCCAGGUCCAGAAAGGGGGCGUCCGUUGGAUUUGACUACUCUGGAGGCCAUAGAACCGACACGACAACCCCCGGAAACUCAUCUCCUGUCCCCGGAUGAACUCACACACCCCGGCCCUCGCCGUAGCUUACGGAAACACCUAACAUAGCGUAGCUAGCGAACUUCGGCGCAUCUUUGGAACGGAGUUAGAGCGUAUGUAAGGGUUGUAAAUUAUGCUCUAUGAUUUGAUUGCUCUUCUGCAAAGGUACG